AUGGUUAUAAAAAAAACCUUGAAGGAAUAUGAGGAUGAGAUUAAGGAUUUAAACUCACUUUUGUGGAAUAAAGAUGAUAAUAAAGAUUUGCAUAAAUUGAGAGAGUUAUUAGCAGGACAAACAAUUACUGAGAUAUUAGCUGAAUUGGAUUACCAAAGGCAAAGCUUUCAAAAUUUGAAUUUUGAAUUAACUAAAAAAGAUAUAAUUAUUAAAAAACAAGAAAAAGAGCUCCAAUCCAAGAAUGAGACUAUUAACGCUUUAGAAGGAAGGAUUAAAGAACAAGAAAAAGUAACUCGACUCAAUUUUCAUGAUUUAAAGGAAACGAAGGAAGCAGCCAAAGUCAAGCAAAUAUAUCUAGAAGAACUAACAAAUCCGUUGCCUUUUAUUAUUGAAGCCUCAUUUUCUAAUGAACAAGUUGAAGAUUAUUUAUAUGUUAUUGAAUUUUUAUGA